GCCUGGGACUACCGAGCUUGUGGCAAGAUGUUGCCCAAUUCAUACACGAGUGCGAGCAGUAUCAGAGACUCUCAAUUCCGAAUCGGAGGAGAACAUCCGGUGUUCGGGCAUAACCCUUGGACUCAGCAGAGCAAGGGAUGUGGGCAACAGGGCGACAUGAUUUCCGCUGGUUUCCAGUACGUUCUUCAGUACAACGACACUGAGGCUGGACAUUCGACUCCAGAGCGUACCUUUGUCAAGGAAUUUGUGAAGUUUCGUUACGGAGUAUUUGAAGAAACCGGAUUUGAAAACGACCCGAUCUACCCCACUGCUUAUUAUCAUGGAACUGGAAGCAAGGACGAGAGAAAGCCAACUUCCUGCACAAAUCGCCCAUUGACUGGAAACUGGUACACACAUUUCUUACAAUCUUCAAGUUCUUUAUUUCUCGCUGAAAUAACUAUAGCACACACAUGUUUAUGUGAAUUUAACAUUAACCCAAAGGGUCAUUGUCGUACUUAGUACUUGCAAGCUGCCAUUCAAAA